UAAAAUUCGAUUGACCCCCCUUCGCUUUGGCUUUCUAGUUCACUUCCAUCUCUCCCUUCAAUCUGAUAUCGCUCAAUCGAUCACUAUCUACUCACAUCUUUUGCUUUCUUAACUCAUCCUUCAUCUAAAGUAGACUUAUUCGGUCUACCGCGAUAUCCACCUGAUUCUCUCAAUCUCAUUCAAUGGCUGAAGUUACCACCCGUGGAGGUGGCCUUCCUCGUUCUGCUUUACGAGGUCGUGGUCGUGGUCGUGGGGGUUCUAACUUUAACGGUACUCCUCAUUCCAACAAUUCUACCAAUGGCUUCACAUCUAAGGUCAACGGACAUCGUCCCUAUCAAGCUCGACCUUCCACCCAUUCGCCUCCAAACGAUGAACCAGAAGAAUUGAAAAUGAUCCGUAAAAAACAUGGUCAAAAAUUAGCCACCAUCAGGGAGUUGUUUCCAACUUGGACUGACGAGGAUUUACUCAUGGCUUUGAAUGAAGCUAGUGGCGAUUUAGAAUUGGCUGCUACUCGUAUAAGUGAAGGCCUCGCAGAACAAUGGGGAUCAGUAAAAAGCAAGAAGGACAAAAAAGUCGUCCCUUCGGCUACUCAAGCUCUGUCUCAUCCUCGUGCCCAGAACUCUGGGGGCGUGAACAAUGUUGGCUCAGGUGCACGUGGUCGAACUGAUACAUCUCGAGGUACAACACGUGGUGGAGGUCGUGGCGCUGCUCCCCGCGGCUCCGGUCGUGGGCAAUGGGCUACAGGCUCUUCACGUCCAUCACCGACCAUU